AUGCCUACUUCAACUUUCCCUCAUGACUUGGUCGUUGACGUGCACGACCUCAGCGCGACGAUAAUCCUAGACUGUUAUGCACGCUUAGAUCGGCAAUUCAACACUCUUCGUCUUCUUGAAGUGAACCAUGAUUCGACGCCAGGAGUCACUUUCGCAGAUCUAAGCGACGUUCUCCCCGAAUGGAAAGCCUGUACCAAGGACAAAAUUUGCUAUAUUCUCCAAGAGGAACAUCGUCAAACGAAGGAGAGCCUCACCCUCGACACCUUUGCGCGCGGUCUGCCAAAGAGUGUGCGGACGCCGACUGGUCGUCAGCCCACUGGCAUAGAACUCGAGGAUGCAUACUGGCGCUGCAGGAUCCACAGCCACAGAUACGGUCUGACAUACACUGCGCAAGAGAUCAUCGCCUCCCUGCCGCCAACCGCAAAGCUGCUCGUGCGCACGGCCGAUGGCUCGCAGAGCUACGUCGACCCCAGAGAGGGUACGCAGAUUGCGCACUUCGAAGAUCCGUGCCCGCUUUCUGCGCCACUGCGAGUAAGCAUCAACAGAAGUCAGAUCGGAAUCAAAGGCGUCGUGCCCUGGCCAUGGCUCAUCUUCGGCCAACGCAUAGCACAGACCGGCGGCCACGGUACUGGUGGAGAGCAUUUCGCACUCGAACGGGAAGCACAUUACUAUCACGAGGUCUUAAUGAAGUACGCUUGCUCGUGGGCACUACCUACGGCGGUGCCGAAGAUUACGCUAGAGAAUAUGCGACAGAAGUGCGAACAGAUUGAGGCUGGCAAAUGCCACGGAGCUUCUGUCAACAACACUGCACUCGACGCGCUCGACGAGCCUCCGCACCGCGCCUUCUAUCGUGCUGCCUUGAGCAAAUGGGCCGAAGAGAUCGAAGGGCCGAAGCCCGAGCGUCGUCCGCCCGGAAGUAUAUUUCUGGACUUCGUCAAGACGUUUGGCGAGGAACUCAGGGACAUGGUGCUUGUGCGUCUAGCGGGGGCUGCUUCUGGAAACGACGACUUUUGCAAGCAUUGUGGCAAGGACGGUGCAAGUAGCAGAUGCUCAGGAUGCCGUGCAGCGUACUACUGCAAUGCACACUGUCAGAGGGCUGGAUGGCGGUGUCACCGAGUAUGGUGUGGCAAGCCUCGUAUACGCUAA